UAUACUUUUUUAAGUUUUAUAAAUUUCAUAUAAAAUAUAAUUCUUGUAUCUACUCAUAUUGCAUAAUAUUGAAUAAUGAUAAACACUAUAAAUUCCGUGCCUAACAAUGUGAAUAAUAAACUCAUUUAACACGUUGUUAGGCAUUAGUGAUUGGCCGAUUUCAAUAUUUAGUGAUUUGAACCAAUCGGGUUUUAAAUUGGGAGAAGGCGACUAUAAUAACAUUUUUAAUUGGUAAAAAGUGAGGUUAACCAUUUAACAGAUGUCAGAUUUAAUUUAUUCAUUUUUGAAAAUCAUUUAAUUACUGAAGUGGAUAAAGAAGAGUAUUACACUCGAGAUUAUGCGCAUUAUCUCUCGUACACGGUUAUAUACAGGUCUUGCAACUCCAAGUUGCGACGUGGAUCUAUGUACGUGCUAAGCCCGUUAGGGGCCGCAGAUAUAUAGGGGCUAAAGGUGAAAUAAACUACUACAGUUACUGUAGUUCCUAUUAGUCUUAUGUUCUCAGAACAUUGUUACUACAUCAGUUCGAUUUUGUCUUUCGUGUGUGGUGCAUCGCACUUUCAUCUCUGGGACAUUGCUUGAUGAAAAGUUUGAAACAUAGCUGACUUUGACCCAGGUGGGACAAAGUUGAAUUCCGGGUAUAGAAAUAUACCUGUAUUUUUGGACAAUAUCGCAAGCUUUGACCUUCUAGAGAGGUAUUUUGUGAUUUGUACAAUACAUUGAGCGGAUGAUCCAAGAUUUGGAAAAUUCAUGUGUCUAUUGGUGGAUGGCUUUGUGAAGCACAUUGACAUAAAACUUGUUGCUGGUCAAGUUGGUGCAUUGAAACCGAGACCAUUAAGGCCUUAUGCCACCAACGAAGAAGAAGAAGAAGGAAAAAACUACAUAAACAUAACCCUAGACCAAACCAAUAGAUGUUUUUUUCAUAUUGGUAACCUUGGGAAUUAUUUUAGUUUCUUUGAAUCCAAAGGUGGCGCUGCAGACUGCAUACGUAAUGGCAACGCAGCAUUUAUUUUCUAACCUGCAAGUUGGUGUGACGUCGUUAGCUUUGUUAUUGUACAUUUCAAGUUUUUGGUUGUGCAUUAUCUGUAGUUAAAGUGGUGAUAAUAUUUGAGUUUAAGAAGUAUUAUAAUCUUGACGUUCGGUUUACUAAACAAAUCUGUCUUUUUAAAGACAAUUAAAUCGUUCCUGUAUUUGCCAAGAUGGUUGGCUUUUAUUGUGCAGUUGACACUUGCUGGGGAUCCACGGCAAGUAAACAUACAUUUCCAAAUCCCAAUAAAAAUAAUGACUUAUUUAACAAAUGGGUUACGCUGUGUAAAAAUAAAAGAUUGAUGGAAAUGGAACCCAAGAAAAUAUAUACCAACUGCAGAGUGUGCAGGUUACAUUUUACAGAGGAAGAUUUCGAAAGAAAUAAUAGGCUUAAACGCAAGACUUACCCAACAAAAUCUUUACCAGGUUGUGAGGAUACUUCAAUCUCCCAAACACUGCCAGAAUCUGAUGUUGAUAUAGUGAAUGUUUUUGUAGCAGAUGAUCAUGAUUACCUAUCAAAACCAAUUUCUUUAGUACAACCUGUACCAUCAACUUCAUCAUCUCAAAAUGAAUCUGAUGUUGAUAUAGUGAAUGUUUUUGUAGCAGAUGAUCAUGAUUACUAGGGAUGGGAUAUUUAGGUACUAAAAACUGAAAAAUAGGU